UGCCCUCCCUUAGCUUUAAAACAAAACUGACCCGAGACUCGCUCUCUCCGUCUCUCACUCAUAAUCACCACUGAAACAGAAGCAUCGACGUAUGACACCCUCAUUUUUUUUACACCCAGAUCUCGCUUUCGAGAUUUCCUAGCUACCCAGCUCGAAAUUUUUGUUUUUUUUUUUAUAUUGUUAUGGCGACACUUCAAAGAUUCAAGCUUUUGGCCACCCAAUGCGCCGUCGCCGGUAGUCCGACUCGGAGCCCGACAGCCAGUCCAGUUAUCCACCUUCGCCGCCGCAAGACUCUCCGGAUGCUACUGAAUCGCCGCCGAUUCGCUCGCCCAGAUGACGAUGACUUGAACCGAGAUAUCGCCGAUAAGUCGCCCGAGAUCAAGAACAAAAAGAUUAGAGCCAAGUUGAAGGAUUUAUUUGUUUCAUCGCCGCCAUUUGAGGAUAAAGAUUCGGAGAGGGGGGAAGAUAGAGAAGGGCUUUUACCGGUCACUGGGAGUCUCAGUGGUGUUGGCGGUUCUGCAUCUCGUCGUGGCUCGGUCGGUUCACUAAGGCCGAUAUCUGCAACGUUUCGGCAUCGCUUAUUGAGAAGAGCUUGGCGACCUGUGCUGGUUACUAUCCCAGAGUAACAGUAGGAAAUCAAAAAAUCUAAGAAAAUGAUAAAUUGAAUAUUUUUGUUCAUUUUUAUUUAUUUUCCACUUUCUAUUUUUCUUGGGAAGCAUCUGAAAUAUAUGAUUUUGGAAAACAAAAACAAAAACAAUUAAAAUUUUGGGAUAUAUAUUAUUAAUUGGCCACUUUUGCUCAUUUUGGGGUCCCUAAAUUAUGAUGUUUCGGUUGCAAUAAUGCUAGUAAUGAACAUUAGUGUUUUCUUCCAA